UUCAUAUUAUUCACUAUCUCAGUGAUCCUGAUUAUAAAUCAAGAAUGUUGACAUGUAACCAUCCACUUCCUCCGGAUCGGUACAACGAAAGGGUGGAGGAUCAUCUGCGAAUUACCGGGUUCUAUCAUGCAUCUCAGAUUGGGAUAGUGCAGUGUCAGAAAGCAUUGGUAAAUGCUCUAAUUGAACGUUGGCACCCGGAGACACAUACGUUCCACCUUCCCAUUGGUGAAUGUGCUGUGACACUUGAAGAUGUAGGUAUGAUUCUUGGUCUUCCCACAGAUGGUCUUCCGGUCACAGGGAUGACAAUGAGCAGUUAUGAAGCGUUGGAGGCGGAGUGUUUGCUUCAAUUUGGAGUUGCACCGCGUAUGUCUGACUGUAGAUCUAGUUGCAUAAAACUUACCUGGCUGCGUGAUUUAAAAGAAAAUUUACAGUUGAUUGAUGAUAUCAGUAUACAGAGGUAUGUGAGGUGCCAUAUUAUGUUGUUGAUCGGGACGAUCUUGUUUGGGGAUAAGUCUGGGGCAGGGGUGCAUUGGAAAUUUCUACCCUUGCUACGUGAUUUUGGUAGUAUUGGUCAGUAUAGUUGGGGAGCGGCAUGCCUGGCACAUCUCUACAGGGCAUUAUGCCGGGCAUCCCGUUUUAACUGCAAGGAAAUAGAUGGUCCACUAACACUUCUACUCUGUUGGGCUUGGAUCAGAAUGCCGUACCUAUCGCCGCUACCUAGGGAACCUCGAAGUUUUCCACUAGCAAACAGGUGGCGGAACUGGGAGCGUGGUGACCGACGAUUUAGAUACUUGAAGUUAGCUCACUUUAGGAAGUCAUUUGAUGAACUUCAGGAAGGGCAGUUUGUUUGGGUUGCUUAUGCUGUGGAUCGGGUGGAUCUGAACAUCAUUCCUCCUGAAAUCUACAUGCAGUCGGUGGUUUGGAGUGCUACAGUUCCGUUGGUAUCAUUUGAAUGUGUCGAGUGGCAUGCUACCGAUAGAUUUAGGCGACAGUUUGGUUUGGUUCAGGGACAACCAAGUCAGGAGCGGAAUCUAGAGAAGGCGCAUGGAGAAACCCUAAAGGGUCCCAAGAAUCUUAAUUGGGCCACGGAAGCGAGUCAUUCAAAAUGGGUGAUGCAUUGGUCAAACAGGUAUAACUACAUUCUAUCUGAGCUUCCGAUGCCUUCACAUGAUCUACUAGAUAGUUACAUGCAUUGGUACCGAUCAAAAUAUGGGGACCACUUGAACUUGUCAAAUCUUGUGGGUCAAGAUAAUGAAGAAGGUGAUCAGGAUAUGGAGGAAUGUGAUCAGGAUUUGGAUGAGGAUAAUCAGGAUACCGAUGAGGGUAGUUAG